AUGCUAGGCUAUGCACUAGAGAAGAAAAUCAUCAAAAGCAAAGUGGGCCAAAAAGUCGGCCUCCCGUGUUGCCAUGAGAUUCCUAGCUCAGAAACCCUGCACAGUUACCGGGUCUACUGGCAGAAGAACGUCACGGGCGUCGUGCUCGCCUACGCAGAGGGGAAGAGCCUCUCUGACCACGUACCCUUCCUCCCACGGUACAAGAACCGGACAGAGAUGGACCCCAGGAACCUCACCCUGUGGAUCUCCCCUGUGGAAAUCCUGGACAAUGCCUCCUACCAGUGCGUGGUUCAGCACCUCAAACGUUUGCAGAACCCAUCUUUGUUGUGUGACGAGCAUGUCACCCUCUUUGUUACAGCUGACUUCAGUGAGCCGAACAUAACAGCAGAAGUAUCCACUAAUUCUUGUGAGUCAACUGAGAUGGUGGUAAGAUGUUCUUCUCACGGAGGUUUCCCCAAGCCCAAAAUCUCUGGAGCCCUCAACAACGUGUCCGUGGUGUGGAAUGUCAGCUGGGUGUCUGAGUCCCUCAGCCUGUACAACGUCACCGCUGAAGUGCGGCUCAACGUGACCAAGGAUGUCGAAUUCACCUGCUCCAUUGAAUAUGAUGGCUUUGCCAAGUCCACCACUUUGCUUCUGACAGACACAACUUUCUGCAUUGUCCCUACUGUACCUCCAUCUUAUAAUGUCAUUACUGCUUCAAGUAUCAUCAUUAUCAUCUUCCUUUUGGCUGUCAUCCUAGCAGCAAAAUACGUCCUAAGGCAUGUCUGUUCUUGCUGUUCUAAGCCUCAGGACUCAGUGGAAGAGAGUGUGAGGGAAUGUAUAGAGCUGCCUGUGAGCUCUCAAGUGACAUCUGAGACAUCCUUUGUAUGA